AAUGAGUCAGCCGCAGGCAAGUCCUGCGCAUUUUAGCCGAAUCGCGCUGUAUAGUGUAUACACAAUAUGGGGCUAUCUGUAAAAUGAGUACGUUUUAUCUUCUGUUAUAUAAAUUCGGUGUUUUAUCCUGUUUAUCGUUGUGUUCCAAAUAAACUUUUCUUCGUCUCGAUGAUUAUGAAUUACAGUAGCGGCAGGGACUGUGAAUUGUGACAGAUUCUGUGAUUGUUGUUUACCAAGAACCAGUUUUAGCGCGAAUCAGGAGUUAGCGACAUCAUGGGAGAUGUGGAGGACAUAAUGUGCGAUCAGUGUAUAAUCUCGUCGGAGAUCAACGUUCAGUUCGCCGAUAGGAAAAGGUCUUUGCUUAUUUUACCCACAACGAAGCUAUGGCUAGCUGUGGAUCUAGUGGCUCGAGCACUACUACCUUCUGUAACAACAGUCUAUUACACGCUGUUUCGGAACCCUCAGACCGUAGUCUAUUGCGUUAAAACGCAGAUUUUUCCGGCAUUAGCUGCUUUUCUCGCAAAUAGUAUUUCUAGAUCCUUAGCUUCAGUACAAAAAAUAUCGUUAGUAUCAGCCAUAACAGCACUAAAGGACAGCCAACAUCAAACAGCGGCCAUCACCAAUGGUGAAGUCAGCGUUUGCGAAGAAAUUGAUUAUGUACCUGAGAAAACCGUCCACAUAAAAGUGUUGGCUGAACCGUCAGCAGAACAUUGUGCGGACGUUAUUUUUAUUCAUGGGUUACAUGGGGGCCUAGAUAGAACUUGGAAACAAGGCACAUGGAGACAAGACUGGCACAAACUGAAGCACCAAACUCCAGUAAGAAGGCUUUCAACAGGCAACCUGUACGUUCCGCCCAGACAGCAAAGCCUAAAACGAACCAUAACAGGCAUUUAUUCAAAAUUGCCGAAUAAGAAGGCUCGGAAAAAUAGUGAACUUUGUAUAGUGCCCUUGUCAUCAGAAUGGGAAAAAGACACCGAUGAUGAAGUAGAGAAAGAAAAAGACUAUUCGUAUUGUUGGCCUAAAGAUUGGAUUCCUCAGGACUGCCCCAAUGUCAGGGUGUUAGCAUUGAACUAUACCACGGAUAUAUUAUGGUGCCCCAUGUGGGCAAAAAGAAGAAACAGGACUGAUAUGGUGACACGAAGUCAAGAAAUGAUAGAUGGGCUGGUGGAGUUAGGGGUAGGAAAGAAACCAAUCGUCUGGGUUGGACAUUCCAAAGGAGGACUUUAUAUCAAACAGAUACUAGUGAAUGCAUGGAAAAGGAACAGACAUAGGCCAGAGGUAGAAGAUCUGUUUAAGCAAAGCAAGUCAAUAAUGUGGUAUAGUGUGCCACAUAAAGGCUCAUCCCUUGCUGACAUAACAGUACCUUUUCUGAGAAGAAGUAUUGAAUUGUUGGAGAUACAAAGGAAUUGCGAUUUUGUAUUAGAUCUACACCAGCAAUUCCUAAAUGUUAUCCAAGAAUCAAAUUUGAAUCCAGAUGUAUUCAGUUUCAUUGAGACAUCAUUCACAUUGAUGUCAUUUAUUUAUUUGAAGAUUGUGCCAUAUGAUUCUGCAGGUAAGCGCAUCCAUAAAGUAUAUGAUAGAAGAGUCUUGUUUUCGAAACGUUUUUAAUCUACCAUACGAUAUUUUCCCAUAACUUUUUAUAAAAACAUCUCUUUAGCCAUAGGACAACCCUAUGCUAAGUUACCUAAUACAACCUAAUACAAUAUUCCUACAUUCAAAAAAUUAUCCGAGAUGAAAUGAGAUACCAUAGCGCCAUCUAUGAGAAUUUGUCACAGCUAUGUUUCUCCUCUCCGAACUAAUUAGAAAUCUACUUUUAAAAGGUUAGUGUCUAGUAGACUCUUUAGUGUCUCAUAGAUGGCGCCCAACUAGCAAAGUAGUGGUAUAAGCUUUUGGUAAAAGAACCGUUCAGCCAUAAAAGCUUUCUAUUGUUGUUGCCUGAACACCAAAAUGCUG